AUGACUGCAAAUGUGACUACAAAUAUGACUACAAAUGUGACAGAUAGUUCAAGAAAUUUCACUGCUGAUGAGGCAUCUGAUUUAGCAAACGCAAUUAUAUUCCUUAUAUUGGUCUUUUGUGUCAUCUUCUUAAUGAUAUUAAGUAAAAGUACUGAGGAAACAAGAAGAAAUUCACUUAUGAUAUCAAUGACAACUUUAGUAUCAAUGGUUUACUUGAGAGCUAAUACAUCUGAAGCUAGACGCUCCCCUGGUUUAGAGUUUGUUUUAUUAAUUAUUUCAAUCAUCACUGGAACAAUUUCAAUUGUUAGAUUUAAAAUUGAUUCUGAUCGUGAUCCUAAUCAUUCUGCAAAAGAUAAUUAA